UAUCAACAAUACAUUUUCAGGUUAUUUUCAGGACAGUUGAGUUAAAAUUAUACAACUGUGACCUGUGACUUUGUUGUUUCAAACAUAUUAAUUGUUGAUAUCUCACGUUAAAUAGAUACAGAAAAUUAUUGCUAAAAUGCGGUCUUCUUUUAGAUUUAUAAGAUGUUACACUACUUCGACUAAUAGUAACAAUUUUGCAGAAGAAAUGAAGAAAAAUUUUAUAGCCGCAAAUCCUUUUCAAAAAGCAAUAUUAACUGUUGGUUCAGCAGCUAUUUCCUUAUUAAAUCCUCAUCGAGGUGACAUGAUUGCUUGUUUAGGUGAAGUCACUGGAGAAAGCGCUCUAAUACACAUGCAACAAAAAAUAUCUGAGACACAAGAAGGUUCUGAAAUACUCAAAGAGAAGCCGCGCAUUAAUUCUAAAACUGUUUGUUUUGAUAAACUGGCUCAAAUGCCAGAAAACACACUAGGCCGUGUUUACGCGGAUUUUAUGACUGACAAUAAUAUAACGGCGGACUCUCGUUUACCAGUACAAUUUAUUGAAGAUCCUGAGUUAGCAUAUGUGAUGCAACGUUAUAGAGAAGUACAUGAUUUAGUUCAUGCUACUUUGUUUAUGAGAACAACCAUGCUAGGAGAGGUUACAGUGAAAUGGGUUGAAGGUAUACAAACUAGGUUGCCCAUGUGCAUCAAUGGUGGGAUAUGGGGAGCAGCCAGACUAAAGCCCAAACAUCGCCAGUUAUAUCUGAAAUAUUACUUGCCCUGGGCCAUCAAAACUGGAAACAAUGCCAAAUUCUUGCAAGGUAUUUAUUUUGAGAAAAGAUGGGACCAAGACAUAGAUGACUUUCACAAGGAAAUGAAUAUUGUGCGACUGGUGAAGAAAUGAUUUUGUUGUAAAUAACUUUAAAGCUAUAUUUAUAGAAUGUAUAGAUUAGUUCUGAUAACAGAAACUGUGAUGUGUGCAAUGUCUUAUGAUAGUAAAACUUAUUGUAGAAAAUAAAUAAUAUUUUUUUUUCUGUAA